UGAAAACAAUAAUGGCGACUCCUUAGUUACGAAGUACGCCAAAGUCAUUUCCAUAUUUUGUUUUCCCAAAAUGUAGCGUUAGAUGAUUGCAACAAGAACUAUGGCAUUAAAUCCUCAUGGGGAAGAAUAAACAAAAUGUGCCCGACCUAUUGAAAGAUAAGUUUAUUCCCCGCAUAAGUUCUGCCAGUCGAAAACUUGCUGCCCGAAGAAUCGAGCAAGCAAGUUUGGAUGGUCUCCCUCAUUCCAUGCGUGAGAUAAAAUGCCAGUCCAAUGCUCCGCUAGGUCCAAUAGUUACAAAAGAUUCACAGAAACCGCAAUUAACUAAUGAAGAAGAAUCGGAGGAUAAAUAUAAUUCAGAUCUUGUAAAGUCAGGAAGAGAAGUUUUGAAACCAAUCACCAUGAAUAGUAAACCAUUACUGGAUGACAAUGUGUUUACAUUUAAGCCAAAAGUGAGCACUGCCAGUGCAAAAAUUGUAGAAAAUAUGGGAACUGACUUUAUGGCUAGGCAACAGCAGCAUUUGGAAAAACAAAAGAAAAUUAUUGAGAGAGCUGGGUUUUCCUACAAUAGCAGCGGUGGUCGCCUGUCUCCACUGAGUCAGUACAAGAGAUUGAAGGAGAGAGGCUUCAAGAUUGAAGAAGGGGAAAAUCUUAACAACAACUCAUCCGCGAUAGACAGUAACGCCCUCGAGGGCCAGGUCCCUGACCGUGUCGACCCUGCAGAAGAGAACGAAAUCUCUGACACAAUGCCCGCCCUCCAUCGCAACAAGACCACUCUCUCACAGAACCUGCAGCGCGUUCUGGAUGGUCCAUACGCAGGUGGAAACCCAGAGAUGGUACUGAAGCGACACAAGACAAGGAUCCGCACCCACCUCAAGGGGAACAAAUCUGUAGGGGAUUCGACCGAUCUUAUUGAUGACCCUAAAGGCAGCAAGUCAACCAUUCUCGAGGAGGAAGAUGACCUUGAGAAUGGCACGGCCCUGUCGCGCAGUAAAACUAUGCCCUCUCUUGGAAGGCCAAAAAUUACGAGGAAAAUCACCAACAUGAAUGCUGUCAAUGAGCGCCUCUCUAAGGCUAAAGAUAUAGCAGAAAAAGCUAUAAAAAUGAAGAAAGUCUUCACGAUCCAGGGUGGGUAUUCAGCCAUACGUCACAGUCUACGAAAGAGGGGCUGGGUGGAAAAGUUUUACCGCAUUCCAGGCCCACAGAAAACCUCCCGAAAACGUCAUCGGAAGGGGGGUGAUGAUGACGAUGAUGAUGAUGAUGAUGACGAUGAUGAUGACGAUGAUGAUGACGAUACAGACAGUGAUAAUAUUCAUUAUGAUGUUAAGCAUACAGAUGACCAGCCGAAGGUUCUACCCUGGGAGGAGGAGGACGGCAUAUACGGCAUCAUGUCUCGUAUAGUUCGCAAUGUGAAUCCUACGUUUAUCUGGGUGCUAAAGCGUGAUGUGAUAGACUACCGGUUCCUCACCAAGGAGCAGAUGGUGAACCACUACUGCAAGGCUGGUUCAUUCACCACCAAGGUUGGACUGUGUGUGAACAUGCGUCAGGUGCCAUGGUUUGACGAGUCGGACCCGGAUGAGUUCUACCCGCGAUGUUACCGCCUCUCACACGAGGAAGAGAAGAAUGCAUUUAUAGAUGAUUACAGAUUAUCCACAUGUGUCAACGUUCUAAAAAUAGUAACAAACAUGUACAUGGAGGGUGGGGCAUGCAGCCAGGAGGGUCCCCCGUCUGAGAAGAAAGAGGAACCGGAGAUUGAGCCAAGCCUGUACGAAUGUAAGAACCCAGAGUGUACGCGGUCACGGCCAAACUCGACCUCGGAAAACCUGUGUGUGCAUGCCCAGCAGAAGAAAAGAGAGGAGGAGGAGAAAAAGCGGGAAAAAGAGCUAAUUGCUUCAGAUGAAGGGAAAGUGGAAGAUCCAGCCGAGGUUGGUGAGGAUGGCGUGAUUCGUUCCCUGGACUCAAGCCGAAAACCCAAAUCUAACAAGCCGAAGCAAGUGAUUGUUCCCAUGAAGUGCCUAGACCGUGCCAUGGUCCAGUGUGAGAAAUACAUCACCUUUCGAAACCAUGACGACAUUGACCGCCCAGUCGAGCAUGACGCCAUGUCCGCUGCCCAGUGGGAUGAGCUCAUUGCCUGGUACUACCAGCUUGCACAUGAGAAGGGGAUCAUCCCUAAUGUUCCGAUGAACAUCCUUGGCCAGGUGGAGAAUAUUCUAAACCGUGUGAAGGCCAUCUGGCCGCAGUAUGAGCUGGAUGGAUUGAAGAACGUCUGGAUUGUGAAACCCGGGGCAAAGUCACGAGGCAGAGGUAUCACAUGCUACAAUCGUCUGGAAGAUAUGCUGAAACUAGUCAACAGUCAGGUUGUCCGCAAAGACAAUAAAUAUGUCGUUCAGAAGUACAUGGAGCGCCCUCUGCUGGUUCACAACUGCAAAUUUGACAUCCGGCAGUGGUUCCUGGUUACUGACUGGAACCCCCUCACCAUUUACUUCUACAUGGACAGCUACCUUAGGUUCUGUUCGCAGCAAUAUACAUUGGACAGUUUUGAUGAGGCGAUUCACCUGUCAAACAACGCUAUACAGAAACACUACAAGAACGGCCCUCGCUCCAAGGAACUGCCUAAUGAUAACAUGUGGACACAUGAUGACUUCAUAAAUUUUGCAAAGAAUCAGGGCCAGGCUAAUGUAUGGGAUGAUGUGAUCUACCCCGGUAUGAAGAAGGCCAUCAUCUGUGCUCUACUGUCCACCCAGGACCAUGUGGAGUAUAGAAAGUCAUCCUUCGAGCUGUACGGUGCUGACUUCAUGUUAACAGAGGACUACAAGCCCUGGCUUAUAGAGAUCAACUCGAGUCCAUCCAUGGAGAGCAGCACAGAGAUCACCUCCCGCCUCUGUUCCAGUGUGCUGGAGGAUACUCUAAAAGUUGUGCUGGACAGAAAGUGGGACCGUAACUGUGAUAUUGGGAGGUUUGAGCUGGCAUACAAGCAACCCGUGGUUACCGUCCCGCCCUACAUAGGCAUCACAAUGUGUGCCGAGGGCAACAUGAUCAAGAAACCCAGCUGGAUGAACGUACGAAAGAGUGUUGACACAGAGGCUUUAUUCUCACCCAGAAAAGAAAAACAAGUUAUAUUCAAUGAUAAACUUCAAAAUAAUGUUCCAGAGUCUGUUGGAAAAAAUGGUGGUAAUUCAAGAAGGCCGCAAAGUGAAAGUGCUCAAGAGCAGACUUCUGGAAGCUCUAAAAAAAACAAUGUCACAUCUGCUCCAGUGAAAAAGUCUUCCAGUCGAGAGACAGGCAACGACCUUACUGGGAACCUUCGUGUGAAAAAAUCUCACACCACCCAGAGGUCUUCAAAAAUAGUGAACAACAUUUCAACUGGCCAAAGUAACAGUAACACCAGUAUUAUUGACAAAUUACCUAAUGAUAAUGCUAGUGUACAAAGUCACAACCAGUCUGCGAGUGUACAUAGUCGGAACCAGUCUGAGCAGAGCAGAACUGACAUGGAAAGUGAGGAGAAAAAGUCUGACAAAGGUGCUAUCAGUUCCUCCCCCUCCUCACCCCAGCUUGCACCAAAGAUGUCCAUAUUUGGAUCAGGUUCUGUUCCUGCCAGUAGCUAUGUUUCCAAUUUGGCUGCCAAGAAAAUUGUUUCCAAAACUUCAGUGUCUGCCAACUACACGAUUCCUCUCAACGAUAGCAAGGAUCGUCCUGCCCUUACUGUCAACAAUGUAGAGACUACUGAUCUCCGCACCCUGAAGGCCCAAGCUAAAGAAAUGUUUCUUGCAUUUGAUGUAAACCGGGGCCGACGACGUCGCAAGAGGCAUCGCUUUGCUCGGAGCGUGCCCGUGUUUCCGUCAGGCCCGACUGAGCCCGUUAAACUGCAUUUCCCAAAUGGACCCACCUCUACUUCCUCCCCCUACAUGAUGGUGCAAAAACUGCCAGUCAUAAAGGUCCAUAUCAUUAACCACGGACAAUAGUGUCAGCUUUACAUUAUUUCUCUCUCAUAGAUAGAAAGAAACAGGUUCGCCCGGGCUGGCUCACAAGCUCUUUCAUAUAGGUACUUGGCUUACUAAUAAUUCUUCAAUGUGACUUAUAUAUCCCAUGUAACCGUGCAUGAAACUGCAAAAUGGUUUCUGCAAGCAUUCUCCGCUUAUACAAGCAGUAGAGAAAAGUCUUAAAUUAAGGCUGCGUUACCCCAAACAUUUUGCAGUUGUUGAUUGAAAGAGGAAGUAGUGCAUAUAUUUUAGCAGUAUGGCUUGUUUUAGUUAUCACUUGCCUCUUUGGGCAUUUAUCUGUGUAUUUUUACUUAUCUAUUAACUGUUUUACACAAAACAGAUACUUCCAUUGCCGCGAUUGCUGAUAUUUUCUUUGCUUUAUUCACUUUGUUCACAUUUAUUAUUACCACUAACCUACACACUCUAACAUUUUUGUAACACUUUUCUAUAACUAUUAUUUGUGAACAGUUUCUUGUCCUUGUUUUUGUUGCUGUAUUUGUAAUCAGUAACUAUGCCUAACAUUCUUGUCUGUAUUUCGAAGAAAAAUAGUGGAGGUAUUAUCAUAGCCUUGGUUUCAUUGUCAGCGAUUACAGGUCGCGUGCAAAAUCUUAAACCUUGACCAUUAUUAAAAAAUUAUUAAAGAUAUUAAAUCGAAGCUUAGAACACAUGUUCAAUUGAAUACAUGCCCAACGUGUGUCAACUGCCAAGGCUUAAGACUCUGGCUUUAAUUGUAUGCCCCUUUAACAAUUGAGUUAUGCCCCUUUAACAAAUGGAAAAAACCACAACCGGUGAGCGUUUGCCUUAGCUCCUCAGCACUCUUGUUAUGCUUGUAUCAAACUAGUAAAUAUAUGUUUAAAUUGUUGCACAGAACUUAGAGUAUAGAGUAUACCAUAGAGUAUUGUUUUGUUAAAAAAUCAAGCAGUUAAGUAAGUUUAGCAUAAACUUUGUGUUCUUGUGUGUUGUCCUACAUGCAAGUGAGUGAUAGUAAUUACUCGUUUUGUUUUCCAGGGAAAUCGUAUCCUCAAGGUAAUAAAGUGGUCUUGCCUCCCCCAUGCCCCUUAUCAAUCAUGCAAAGUACGCCCUCUCUAAGAAUAUGAAUAACAAACAGUGCAUGAGAGACCUACGUCAGAAACUCCAAAUGGCGACACUUAGCUUAAAGCUUUAUCCCGCCUUACAGUAGGCUGCAUGGAAGAUGCAAAAACAUCUAAUCAGACUUGACAUUAAUGUCCAACUAAUAUUGAAAUGUUUUAAGGAUCAGCCUCAUACUGGAGCACUCAUUCAUUUCAUUGUACAGUGGAAACUCACUAAACCAGAUCUCCAUAAAACCGGAAACCUCGGGAUACCGGACUUUUUUCAGAGUCCCGGUUUUCCCCUUCUAUUUUCAAUGUAAAAUAAUCCCUACAAAACCGGAACCUCGGGAUUCGGGAUACUGGACAAAAAAUUGAGAAAAUUUGUUAGUUGUCAAACCGGACUUAUAUUUGUUCAAGCAUGUCAAAAUGAUUUUGUGUAUUAGGAAUUCGCGAAUCGCGUGUCACUUUGUUUUGACAGCCGGUCCGUCGUUAAAUAUUGCACCCAUGAUGUUGUGUUAACUCGAUAAUCAGUAAUGAUGAUUGCGCUGUGGAUUGACUGCCGCGCGAUAAUCAAAGGAUAAUCAAACUUGUGAAAAGAAAAUUGAUUGAAACAUUAAUUUGUUUGUUGCAGAAAAUAAAGAACUAGAAACGGUUAUUAAGUGAUCAUUUUGGAGGGUUGUUUUAUCUAAGACUUCAAAUUUGAGCGGUGCGUUAAUUAAACUAUCAAACAUACUUAACAAGCAUUAAAUUACGCGAGUUGUUUUAUUUUAAGACUUGGAAAAAAAGAUGAUUAUAAAAACCCAGAAAUGUUUAAUUAUGUUUAUCACUUUUGCAUGUGCUUUAAUCAUGUUUCAACCUCGUCUAAACGUCAACUUCCCUUUAAAGGUUAACGCAGUUAAUAUUUUGAGUAAACUUACUCCGUACAUCAAAUCCUCACUAAACUGGAAUCCUCACUAAACCGGAAAUUUUGCCCAGUCCGGACCUUGUCCGGUUUAGUGAGUUUCCACUGUACUGUACAGUUUCUGUAAUGUAUGAAUUUUACUUCAUGUGUAAAAAGUGUAAUUUUUAGCUUGUUUUUGACAGAUCAAAAUUUUAAACCCUCUAACAGGUAAAGACCAGAAUUUUUUUUAUAUGGUUUCAAUGAUUAAUUAAUUAUGGUUGUUAUAAUUGUUCUAUGUUUUUUUUAUAGCUGUUAUAACUUAGUGCUUUAUUAUCUUCUAUGAAGAGGUUUAAGUGUCCAUUAAAUUUUAUUUUUUUUGUUGAAAAUACAUGUUAACUCCAUUUCACCACUAAAAUUCUUCCAAAGUGUAACAAACGUUACAAAUGUGUUAGUUGCUCAGCUCGGAGAUAUAAGAACUCAUUAUUCUUUACUCAGAGAGAAUUGAUAUGAUGCUUAUGUACCUAUCAACGUUUUUUCCCACCGAGCGGGGAGGGGGCAGGCUUAAAGGGGAUUUAAGAUGGCGGGGGAUUCCCUGACAGGACCAUUAAGACCUCCUCCUGGUAAAUAGAUGGCCAGAUUUAAGACUACAUGGAACACGUCCUAACACUGUGAUCAUUUUCCCUCCCCUAUUGGGUCAAAACAUAGAUUAUGUCAGCCUUAAAUGAUAACCUUCUUUGUUUUACAAAAUAAUUAUUUAAUCCAAUUAUCCAAGUCCGCAUGCAUUUGAUUUACAGUUAUGAUUCAAUAUAUCGGGGGGAGGUUCGGCAUCAUAUCAAUGGAAAAAAUGAGCAGCUGGCCAAGCUUAUGUCUUCCCUGUAUAUUAACCCCUGUUCUUGUUGAUUGUUGUUCUUAACCACUUUUUACCUAAGAAUAAUGAAACAACAAUGUUAGGGUGCAGUAAGUUCUUUGACUGGUGCAUUCUGUCAGUCUUAAUUCAAUGGUUUUCGGCAUUUUAAAUGUGUCUAUUAAGUCACGAUUUCAAAAACAGCAUUUAAUUUCAAAACCAUUUGACAGAAUGUAUCAUUUAUGUUGAUAUCAUUGGUGAAGAUUAUAUUUUCGAUUUUACUGGUACUGACAAUGGUUUCAUCUUUUUAUUGUAAAAAGUGUAAGUAACUAAAUGUGGCCCAUUCUAAUACAUCCUCUUGUUACAUUGAGACAGUUGCUUGCUUUUUUGCUUUGAAGGCGUUAUAAAUGGAUGUUGCAUAACUCAAGUAUGCAACAUUCUGUAAUAUUGGCUGGUCUUCAAUCCUUUUAACUACAUUUUUGCCCGUAUUUCAUUGACUGAAUAGUACCUAAAUAUUAAAAAAUAUAUAAAUGUUUUUAGUAUGAAAAUCUUCACUUUUGCUUACAUAACUUGACCAAUGACAGCCAAUUAGGCCAGAGAACAAAUAUCUUGAUUCCCAUCGCCACCAAAUCCAACAUAGUUUGGCAAAAAUCUGUUCCUGACAAGAAUUUAUUGAAAAUUGGCACUUCUAACAAUUGUUACCUUCACACUUGUUGUCCUUUUUAAAAUCUGGAUGGGAAUCUAAGAUUUAUUUUUACCGGCCUACUAGCGCAAUGUUAACCUAGCCUUAUUAACUCACAACUUGUAACCUCUAUUAACAGGUGUGUACCCGCUAACCGAGAGCACCUGGGCACGAACCUGCCUAGAUUGCGGCAAUGGCAUGAACUUACAUUUAGAUAACAUUAAUCCAUUCUGUAAGUGCCGCCAGGAUGGGAUCAGGCUUUCCCCUGACCCUCAGGAGUC